AUGCUCGCCAUCAUCAUCGGCGCGCUCGCCCUCUUCUUCCUCCUGCUGCGCCCGCUGUACAACUACUUCCGCCAUAGAGCCAACGCCCGGCGCCUCAACUGCCGCCCACCACACACCAAACACUACAAAUGGCCAUUCGGCAUCGACGGCAUCCGCCGCUUGGAGCAGGCAGACAAGCGGGACAUGGUGUGCGAUGAAUUCUUCACCAUCUACAAGGAGGAAGGCGCCGCAACUUUCCAGCACUGGCUGUUCGGCCAGAGGCAGAUCAUGACCGCAGAGCCUCGCAACGUCCAGGCCAUCUUGGCCACGCAGUUUUCCGACUUUGAGAUCCCCGUUAUCCGACAGAAUAGUUUCUGGCCGAUGUUGGGACAGGGCAUUUUCACGGCCAAUGGCCAGAUCUGGUCACACUCGAGAGCCAUCUUGAGACCGCAAUUCACGCGCCAGCAAGUCUCAGACCUCGAGCUCGAGGAGAAGCACGUCCAGCAGUUAUUGAUGCAUAUCAAACCCGACCCGGCAACCGGCUGGGCGCAGCCCACCAACCUAGGCCCCCUAUUCUUCAGACUGACCAUCGACUCGGCCACGGAAUUCCUCUUUGGCCAGUCUGUCGAAUCGCAACUCCAAGCUUUGCCCGGCGCAAUGUCAGAAACCAACCCUGCCCACAACUGGCGAAACCUGGCACACCAUUUUGACGACGGCACGAACCAUCUCGCAAAGAGGGCACGCUUCAGUGAUUUGUACUGGCUGCACAAUCCGGCUGAAUUCCGCAAGGAUUGCGAAGAAGUCCACCGCUUUGCAGACCAUUUCGUGCAACAAGCCCUGGAACGCACAAUCGCCGAGGAAAAAGCCGAAGCUGCCGGCGCCGAGAAAAAGCGUUAUGUGUUCUUGCACGAGCUGAUCAAGGAAACCAAGGACCCCAUUGAGCUGCGAUGCCAGUUGCUGCACAUCCUCCUAGCCGGCCGCGACACCACCGCCGGCCUCCUCGGAUGGACCUUCUUCCUGCUGUCGCGUCACCCAGCCAUCUAUCAGAAGCUCAGAGAGACCAUCCUCGAAACAUUCGGUCCGUACGACUCCCCGCGUGAUAUCACCUUUGAGCGCCUCAAGGCAUGCACCUAUCUGCAACACGUCCUGCAGGAAACCCUGCGUCUGUACCCGUCUGUGCCGCUGAACUCGCGCAUGGCCACCAAAGACACCACGCUGCCCACCGGUGGCGGUCCAGACGGCACUAGCCCAAUCUACGUCGCCAAGGGUGAACAGGUCGGCUACGCGGUGUACGUGAUGCAACGACGCAAAGACAUCUGGGGUCCGGAUGCCGACCAGUUCGUGCCAGAGCGAUGGGCGACCCGCAAGGCUGGAUGGGAAUACCUGCCUUUCAAUGGCGGCCCACGUAUUUGCCUCGGUCAGCAGUUUGCCUUGACUGAGGCUGGGUACGUGACUACGCGGCUGGUGCAGCUCUUUGAUAACAUCACAGCGGUGUACCCGGACGAGGUCGAUAAGCAUCAAUACAGUGUCACGAGCGCGCCGAAAGCCGUGCUUGUAAAUUUACAUACUGCUCAGGCAGCUUGA